AUGGAGAUGCACGCUUUCAGCAGCGAUUUGCAACCGUUAGUCGAUAAUCCAAUUCAGGAAAUGAAUGCGGAAAGAGUGGAUACUGUUUAUGGUAAAGUGAAGGUUUCGAUCUAUGGUGAUCGAUCUAAGCAUCCUCUGAUCACGUUUCAUGACCUUGGACUUGAUUCUGAGAGCAACUUCCAAAACUUUUUCCAAUUUGUGUCUAUUGCUGAGUUUACGGAGAAAUUUUGUGUUUACAACAUUAAUGCACCUGGACAAGAAGUUGAUGCACAAACUCUUCCCGAUUCGUAUGACUACCCAUCAAUGGAUGGUCUUGCUAAAGUCGUCGAAACCGUCGUCAGUCACUUCGAACUGCAAUCUGUCAUUGCUUUUGGUGUUGGAGUGGGAGCUAAUGUUCUUCUCAGAUAUGCAUUGCUAAAUCAGCGUCGACUGGACGCACUGAUUCUUGUGAGCUGUGUUGCAAAUGCUGCGGGAUGGAUCGAAUGGGCGUAUCAGAAGAUGAACAUUCGAUAUCUUCGUGGUACCGGAAUGAACACAUUCACUGUCGACUAUCUGAUGUGGCAUCACUUCGGACGUCGUCUGGAUGAAUGCAGUCCAGACAUAGUGCGCCAGUAUCGCGUCUACUUCCAACAUUUGUCUAAUCCGAAGAACUUGGCGAUGUUCAUUGAAUCGUAUGUGAACCGCACCGCUAUUCCGAUUUCCCGUGAUGGACAGUUUGGUCCAGUGUUGAAUGUACCUGUUCUUCAAAUUGUUGGUGCUGGAAGUCCAUUUGUGAAUGAUACAGUGGAUGUUAACACGAAAUUGGAUCCUUCACGUUCCGAUUGGAUUAAGGCAAGCCUUAACGUUUCUGAUGCAUGCGGGCUAGUGUUGGACGAACGCCCAGAAAUUGUCACGGAGAGUGUGAUAUUAUUUCUGCAAGGACUCGGCUUCUUCCCAACAAUGAAUGUCUUGAAGUUGAUGAAGAAGAUCCAGGAUACUCAAAAUGGGUCAUGUUUUGCUGUUUCAGACAGUGUGGACGAAUGUUAA